AUGAAAAGUUAUGAAAAAGAUACAAAUAUCAUUAAUCCAAUCAAGUUAGAAACUGCUGUGGAAAACGCUAGUACUGGUGGUUACCCCAAAUUAAUAGAGCCUAUAUAUGUUUUAUUGGGAAAUAUUAUAAAGACUCUUGAAGUGAUAUCAAGUACUGAAGCUAAUACUAUUACUGAUGACAGAAUAAUCCAGUUUAAAAAUCAUAUGCAAUCAUUUAUUGAUCGACUCUUGAAGGCCAAUUUAGAAGAUUUUGAACUUGAUAAAGCAGCUAAUUUUGAUAUGGCUACAAAUCUAGGUUUAAAAAAUAAUUUAUAUGCUAAUCUUUUGUUAGGCAUUUAUGAGACUUCAAUGGAAUAUGUCUUUUUAAAUUAUGGUAUCACCCACGAUUCAUCUGAGAAGUUACUAGCAUUAUUUAAAAAACGAAAGAUAUUGAUUGGGAUUUUAAAAGACAUCUCAACAAACGAAAAGGGAAAAAAAAAUACAAAUUUUACAGUCAAAUCCUCUAUAAGUUUAGGGUUUGCUUCUAAAAUUUUUCAAGCAGUCUUUUCAUCAAAUGACGAAAUUAUGCAUAGUCUUCGUUCUGAUAUUGAUUUUGCACAUUUUAUUGUAACAAAUACCUGCAAUAGUUUAAAACUUGCUAUUAAUGAUCCUUAUUGUCAUCAAGAUAAUGAAUGUUUUAAUAGUAGCGUAGAUAUCUGUAGAACUUAUAUAUCCAUACUUGUACAUGAAGACUCCGAUAGUAUAUAUGCAAAUCAACAAGCUAGUACUACCAAAAAAACAUCCUCAGUCUUAGGCUCUAUUGCUACGUCGGUUCUAUCAAUCAUGGAUAUUGUCAGUCAUAUAUGGCCUGACCGAUUAAUUGAAUUCCUUAGACAACUCUCGCCAGAUAUGAGUACCAGUGUCAUCACUAAAAACUCUGUUAUUACAAAUGUCAAUAUGCAACUUAAAGAGGUUGUGCUCAAAUAUCUAUCAGGGCGUACACCAAUCUAUAAAGAGGCUUCUAAUGUCAUACGUAUAAUUGCUUUUCUAUGCACGAAAUUAGAAAAGAAAGAUAAUGAUUUCCUCAAACACGCCUGUUCAAUUAUGGAUUGGUUGAAUUGCUUGGCAAAAGAGCGACCGAUGGAAGAAGUAGGUUUAGCAAAGGACAUUAUGGCAUUGUUGAUCCAGCUUAGUGGUAUGACAGGUAAAUUUGACACAAUUCAAGACAUUUGUGAAGAUAUCCAUCAAUUUACAGGCGAUCUGGAAGUACUUCAGGAAGAGUCGCAGCUGGAACAGCCACCAAUCAAAUAUCAAAUUGUGAAUCAUAAAACCUUCACCGCAAUAACUUCCAAAGUUUUUGAAUUUUUAGAUGCUUCUUUCGAUGAUCUUACAUGGUGUAUAGGAAGAUUAAAAAUUUCUUCUAUAAGGUCCUUUGAUGACACAGCAAAAGAGUUUGAAAAAGACUUAUGCCAGCGUUUGAUUUCUAUCAUGAACAUACUGAGUGAAUUAGUAAAAUCUAUAUUAACUGAUUUUCACGCUGAAAGCCUCUUUAAAACUUUGGCUAAAGCAUAUAAAACACUACAUACACUUGUGAAAUAUAAACUUAAUUUCGUACAAGAUGUUUCACCUGAUUUUAUCAAUGUGAUCAGUAAAUGUGGUACAGAAAUUACCGAAAAAAUGUAUAAAUUUUUAACAAUCUAUGGACAAUCACAGAGUCAAGAUUUAACUGAACGUCGAUCAAAAAAAGAUAAAAGAAAAGAAGUAGACAUAAAAAGAAAAGCUAAAAUACAACGUGAAUCAAAGAUGAUUCCUAACUUGAUCUUUGCUGUUGAGCAAUUUGAACGGCACUUAAUUCAACUGAGUAGAAAGUCAAGAGUUGAUUUUAUGCAAUAUAUGAAGCGUAGUACUUCACGUGAUUUUAGAAUUCAGUUAGAUAGAAUACAACAGGAAAGCUCAGAUGAAGAAGAUGUAAAAAAGAGACCUAAUAAUGAAGAAGCUGGUGAAUCAUCUAAAAGAGCUAGACUUUCAUAA